CUGUCACUACUUUCCAGAGUUCAGUUCUCAGUUCACGAUGCUGCACAAGAGUCGACAUGCCAUCAAGACAGUGGAUAUCCCAUACUGGCACACCAGAUCAGAAGAUGGAGUGGUACUGCCAGCAUUCCUAGAUCAGGAUAAAAUAGUUGACAUACGGCAGAGAAAGAUACAGACUGAGGAUGUUUUCGUAGCUAGCUUCCCAAAAUCAGGGUCCACCUGGAUGAAGAGCAUGCUGAUGGAUCUCCUGAAGGCAGAAGUUCCCAUGUACAGUGCAUACCCAACUCCUUACAUUGACUCUCUGAAAUCUCCCCGAAUAUUCAAAGAGCAUCUGCCAUUACACUUGCUGCCAGACGAUGUUAGGAAAUGUAAAGUUAUCUAUUUGGUCAGGAAUCCUAAAGAUGUGGUUGUCUCCUUCCAGCAUCAUAUGACCCUGUUCAAGAUUGAUGAGUACAGUGAGGAUCUUAACGCAAUGGUCAACUUGUUCUGCACCGGAAAGACACAGUUCGGUGACUGGUGCAGUUCCAUCAGAGACUGGUGUUUCCAGGACCAAGUACCGUCUCUCCACAUAGUCACAUACGAGGACCUCACUAGAGACUGCUUCACAACCAUGAAGAGCGUCCUCAAGUUCCUGGACCAGGAUAUAUCAGACGAUCUCGUCAGAGAAGUUGUGGAGAACUCUAAGUUUUCACAAAUGAAGAAGAGAGAUCUGAACUAUGUGCCAGGGUGUCCCAGUUUUCUUGGGAAGAGUGCAAUGAGAGAUGAUAAGAAACACUUCCUAAGGGAGGGAAAAGUGGGCACUUGGAAGAAACAUCUGACGGUGGAGAAUGAUGAGAAAGUUGAUCAGUAUUUACGGGCUGAUAUGGAACUGUUUUUAAAGAUUAAGGAACUAAACAUUCUGUAAAUAGUUGAAGAGGACAGUAGGUUGAAACUAUGUUAAAGUUGGUGUUCAAUAUUCAUUGCUUGAAUUAUGUUAAGUUAAA